AUGAACAGCGAUCUAAACAACACAGCGGCAGAACGCACCAGAGCAGAAAUCGCGAUAGAUCCCCAGUACCGGUAUUCGUCUUUUGCAAUACCCGCGCACGAAGAUGAUGCCUCGAUUCGCCAAGCAUAUCGACCGUUUUUGCUAGAUGCCAAACACACAGAUGACGAUUGGAUAGCUAGACUGGAGCUCAGCACAGCGUUGAAAAUGGUGGAUGAACAGGUGAUGAAGAAGGGCGGUGAUAGGAUCAAAGUCCUGGUACUAUACGGCAGCAUGCGAGAACGAUCAUAUUCUCGACUACUUGCUUAUGAAGCCAGUCGUAUCUUAUUCCGACUUGGCUGUGACGUGCGCGUGUUCAAUCCCACUGGGCUCCCGGUCAAGGACGACGUGCAACACUCGCAUGAAAAAGUCCAAGAGUUGCGGGAGUUGAGCAAGUGGAGUGAUGGACAUGUUUGGGUCAGUCCUGAGCAGCAUGGCAAUCUUACGGCCGUCUUCAAAAAUCAAAUCGACUGGAUCCCACUGUCCACGGGCUCUGUCCGACCCACCCAGGGCCGCACCCUCGCCAUUGCCCAAGUUAACGGCGGCUCACAAUCUUUCAAUACAGUCAACUCACUUCGUAUACUUGGCCGCUGGAUGCGCAUGUUCACGAUACCCAAUCAAAGCUCCAUUCCCAUGGCCUAUAAGCAGUUCACGGAUGCGGAUGCUAUCGAGGAGGGAGGAAGCAGGCUCAUGCCGAGUGGUAAUCGAGAUAGAUUGGUGGACUGUAUGGAAGAGUUUGUCAAGUAUACGCUUGUCAUGCGGCCGCAUUUUGAUUUGUUUGGGGAUCGGUAUAGCGAGAGGGAAGAGAAAAGAAUUAAGGAGGAGAAGAAGAAAGAGGAAGAGCAGAGGGGCAAAGAUAUUGUGAACAACGUGUCAUUGACGGACAUAUGA